CCCCCGCAGUCUUCAGUCUAGUGUCCUGUUGCUUCACGAGCAUCACAGAGCCUUCAACGUUCCACCUUUCCUCAGCGACAGAGAACAGAACGAGAUCAACCAUGAGCCACUCAAUGCAAACCUCCACUUCCUACAGGCGCACUUUUGGGAGCCCACACCCCAUCUCCAUGUCCUCCUACUCUCCUGUGUCUACCCGUAUGACCCCGUCUAGCGGACGCUACAUGCGUUCAGCGUCACCUAUGGUAACGUCCCGCACCAGCUCCAGCUCCUACCACCAACAGCGUUCCCGCCCCACCGCUCAGCCCCCUCGCCUCUCCUACGAGAAGGUGGACUUCACCCUGUCUGAAGCCAUCAACCAGGAGUUCUUGGCCACCCGCAACAAUGAGAAGGCCGAGCUGCAGGACCUCAAUGACCGUUUUGCCAGCUUCAUCGAGAAGGUGCGCUACCUGGAGCAGCAGAACGGUGCGCUGCAGCAGGAGCUCAACCAGUUCAAGGGCCAGCAGCAGCAUGGCCAGCCCAACCGCGUCUCGGAUCUCUGCCAGGAAGAGAUGAGGGAGAUGAGGCGCCAGCUUGACGCCGUCGGCAAGGAGAGGGACCAGUACCAGAUGGAGAGGGACAACCUGGGGGAGGAUCUGACUCUGCUCAAGCAAAGGUUGGAUGAAGAAGCCCAGAAGAGGGCAGAUGCUGAGGGCAACCUGGUUUCCUUCCGUAAGGAUGUGGAUGAUGCCACAUUGGCUCGUCUGGAGCUGGAGAGAAAGAUUGAGUCUCUGAUGGAUGAGAUUGAAUUCCUGAAAAAGCUCCAUGAUGAAGAAAUCCAGGACGUACAAGUGAGUGUCCAGACCCAGCAGCUGAAGAUGGAGGUGGACAGCAGCGUCAGGCCUGAUUUAACUGGUGCCCUGAGGGACAUCAGGGCUCAGUAUGAGACCAUCGCCUCAAAGAACAUGCAGGAGUCAGAGGACUGGUACCAGUCCAAGUUUGUGGAUAUGACUGAGUCUGCAAAGCGCAACACUGACGCGCUGAGGCAGGCCAAGCAGGAGGCCAAUGAGUCCAGGAGGCAGAUUCAGUCCCUCACCUGUGAAAUUGAUGCUGUGAAGAACACGAAUGAAGCUCUGCUGAGGCAGAUGCGUGAAAUGGAGGACCAGUUUGGCAAUGAGAUUGGCAACUACCAGGACAACGUGGGCAGACUGGAGGACGAGAUCCGCCAUCUGAAGGAGGAGAUGGCUCGCCACCUUAGGGAGUACCAGGACCUCCUCAAUGUGAAAAUGGCUUUGGACAUCGAGAUCGCCACUUACCGUAAACUGCUGGAGGGGGAGGAGAGCAGGAUCACUGUCCCCAUGUUAAACAUGGGUAUGAGCAAUCACUAUGGAGACCGAGACUUUGAACCAACUCCAGUGAGCGGGAGCAAGAGGACUGUGCUGAUAAAGACAGUUGAGACUAGAGAUGGAGAGGUGGUGAAGGAGUCCAGGAGGGAGAAGGAAAGAGACUCAGGCCACAGUGAUGGAGCCGACAAGGAAGAUAAGGAUGACUAGAUGAAAACUGAUUGGAAAAUGUGAAGGCCACUGCCAUAGUAGAAAAAAAAUACAUGAAAAAAAAGAGAAAAUUAAUUCGAAAAAAAGAGAACCUGAUACAUAUAUAUUUAGUCCUCAUUGCCACUAGUUAUGUGUUUAUCUGCUGAGCAAAGAGUCGCAGUGUAGGUGCAAUGUUGAAUGAAUCCCUUUAGACAGUGUCACCUUGGUGCUAUUUAAGCCACCCAACUUUUGCUAACACAAACCCCUUUAGUAACUUACCACCUGAGGCCUUGAUUUACAGUGCAAUCCCGUGGAGUGCUUAGACGACCACACAUUUAUAGCAGCGUGUUAAACUACAGGCGAAAAUAUUUAAACUACAGGCGAAAAUAUCUAGGUUAGAUGCAGGAUGUUAGAAGAUUGUGUCGUAGAUAUGACUGUGCUUAUCAACCUUCUGACUCUGUCCUUUCACUCAACACACCUUCAAAUAGAGAUCGAGACUAAAUUCACAUGUUGGCAUUUGUUUUAGAAGCUUUGCUAUCCUCUUAUUGUGCAAAUCACCAAAUCAAUAAAGACAUGGAUCAUCAAUACACAAAUAGCAGACAGGAAAUGUUGACAGUUAAAAUACGACUAUCACCAACUAAGAAGACUUUGGCUGAAUGUGCUUUGCGAUUCUGUGUGUAUCUGGCAACACUGAAGAAUGAAUAUGUAAGUGCAAAUAAAAUGAAUUGGAGCAAA